AAUUUCUGGGAUAUUAGAAAAAAGCCAUGGAGUUGAAAAGCAAGGUUUUCGUGGUUUUCUUGCUGUUGUCUGCUUUUGUUCUGAGUCCUUUUGCGGCCGCUGUGGUUUUGGAAGAUCCGGAGCUGAAGCAGUGCCAGCACCAGUGCAAACACCAGCGAGGGUUUGAUGAGAGGCAGAAGCAACAGUGCGAGAGGAAGUGCAAGGACUACAUUAAGCAGAAGAGGGAGCAGGAGGAUCAGCGGCGGAGGUCGGAAGGCGGAGGAGGAAGAGGAGGAGAAGGGGGAAGUUUUUACACACGAGAGAGAGAGGAGUUCGAGGGGCGAGGGCAACAGCAACAACAACAAGGAGACGAGAAUCCUUACUUCUUCGAAGACCAGCAUUUCGAGACGAGAAUUCAAACCGAGGAAGGUAGGGUUCAGGUUCUGCAGAAAUUCAACGAAAGGUCUGAUCUUCUGCGUGGGAUUGAGAACUUUCGAGUCGGGUUUCUUGUCACGGAGCCUCAUGCAUUCGUUGCUCCGACUCAUCUUGAUGCGGAUAGUAUCCUCUUUGUUUUCCAAGGCCGACCAACAAUUACUACGGUGAGGGGGGAGAAGAAAGAGAGCCACAAUCUUGAACGUGGAGAUCUCUUUAGGAUUCCAGCAGGCACCCCAUUUUAUGUGCUCAAUAGAGACGAGAAUGAAAAGCUCCAUAUUGUCGAACUCUUCAAAACAGUCUCUACCCCCGGAGAGUAUGCGGCGUUUCACUCAGCCGGAGGCCAAGACCCCGAAUCCUUUUUCAGAGCAUUCAGCCCCGAAGUUCUUCAAGCCGCUUUUAAGACGGAUAGGAAUAAGUUGGAUAGGCUAUUUGGGCAGAAGAGGCGAGGCAGUAUCAUAAGGGCCUCCAAAGAACAAGUACAGAGAAUGAGCCAGCAGCAUGGUCACGGCGGCGGCGAAGGCAUUUGGCCGCUGCCUUUCCAUGGCGGUGAUGAAUCAUCUUCAAAAGAUUCAUUCAAUCUUUUCAAGAAGCAUCCUUCUCAUGAAAACAAAUUCGGCCGUCUCUUUGAAGCUGAUUUCAACGACUUCAAGCAGCUUCAGGAGUUUAACCUCGUCGUCUCAUUUGCUAACAUCACCCGGGGUGGAAUGGCCGGUCCAUAUUUCAACUCAAGGGCUACGAAGAUAUCAGUUGUGCUAGAUGGCGAAGGCUACUUUGAAAUGGCAUGUCCACAUAUUGACUCAAGGGGUCGACAACGUCAGUCCAGUGGAAGGUCACAGCAGAGACAAAAGAGCAGCCCAACUUACCAAAAGAUGAGCGGAGACUUGCGACGCGGAGCGGUGUUCGUUGCCCCCGCCGGCCAUCCUGUCACAACCAUUGCCUCAAGGAACAACCACCUCCAAGUCCUCUGCUUCGAGGUCAACGCUCAUGACAACAUCAGGUUCCCACUGGUAGGGAAGAACAAUGUGGUGAGCCAGUUCGACAGGCAAGCCAAGGAACUGUCGUUUAAUGUGCCGGCGAGUGAGGUGGAAAGUAUUUUCAACAACCAGAAAGAUGAACUGUUUUUCGAAGGACCAAAUGAUCAGCUUGAGCAUGGCCGGGCUUAUGCAUGAAAGUUGAGGUUUUGUGAGAACUGAGAAGCUCUAAGGAGAGGAGGUUGCAGUUUUGUGGUACUGAUAUGAUAUGUAUAUUACAACAUGGUCAACCAAUGUAAAUUUUGGGUUGUAACCUUAAAUAAAAGAUCGUGACUCACAUGCAUGCUAACUAAAUGUUGUAAA